AUGGUUCAUGCGGAUGCAUCUAGUGAUCUAUUCUUCAACGGAGGAACAUUAUCAUCUGCAACAAACGCUUUGGAUGCCUAUGCAAUUAUAGCCAAACUAAAUCAUGUUAACGAUGAUAGAAGAAGAAUGAUUUCGAAGAUCAGGUUUGGAUUUAAUUUGUUUUCAAAGCUAUGCAGUUCUUACAUGCUCUCACAUCGCAGGAUAUCUAGUACUCUGCUUUCUCUGGCUAGUAACAGCCUUCACUUGAAACACCCUGGCUUGUUUGGUAAGAGUGAUAUUUUUGAUGUAUGGUGGCAUGAUGACGGGCUGGAUGAUUUAAACAUCUUGAUUGCUUAUAGGUUCCCUAUAGCCAAAUUUGAUAGAAUGCGGUGUCUUACCAUUCAGUAUUCAGUUUCACCCGAGGUUAGGAUCCAUGGAAUGCCCGUGAACAAUUUCUCCCAUUCCGUAAGUCAAGAUUUAAGGUUGUUUAAUUUGUCAAUCGGGUUGCAUAUGAAUGCUGAGGCUUCAUUCCCUAAUUGGAUCGAUACAACCUCUGCAUCCUUGAAGACUAUUCAUUUUAUGGAUGACGGAGGCAGCCUUAGAAGCUUAGAUAUGGAUGGUUUCCCAAUGACUCGCAGUGGAACUCCAUUUGAGAGCACGAUAGUGCUUAAGCAUGAGUCUCGAUUUGCAGAAGCAAAAGAUCGCCAUUUUACUCACUUCAAUUUACAGGUGGAACAAGGGUUUACACUUCAUCCAAACUUGCUAUCCUUCCUUCGGUUUAAAUUUUUUGCUUCAGAAGGAACCAAACUUGGACCAGCACUUCUCUCCUACAGGUGUACUGGUGGUUCAAUUGUAGGAUCCUUUGCUCCACAUCAUGCAUUUGCAAUCGGUGGUCCCAGUAGCGUGCGAGGUUAUGGUGAAGGUGCUGUUGCUACUGGACAAUCAUGUUUAGUAUCUACAAGUGAAUUGGCAAUCCCAUUGCAUCAUUCUUCACCUUCCUACUUCAAAGUCUCAACAUUAUCUUCCUCAUUACUUAAUGUCAAAACCGCUCUUUCCUUAUACCUUUGGCAAGAAGUUAAAAAUCUUGCAUUGAGAGAAAAGCUAGCAAACACGGAUGAAAAUAUCUUUGCUUCAAGUUUUACUAACAAGAAACUGACAGGUGUUAUCUUCCUGGACUUGGGAUCUGACCUGAGGACUAGUCGUCUAGUUCCUGGAAAUCCAGGACGUAGGCAGGGUAAACCGGGAUCUGGGUUUGGGUUUGGGUAUGGCAUUCGGUUCAACACCCAGUGGGCAGAAAUAAAUGUUGAUUAUGCCAUCAAUGACUUUCAAAAAAGAACUGUCUAUUUCGGAUUUAGCAAUCUGAUUCCAUGUUGA